GGAAGCGAGGCAGGGCGCAGGCGGCUGCUGAUUUUGGGGCUGGCCAGAAAAUCAAGGAGAACCCCCGCCAUGGACCCACCAUCACCGUGCAAGACCUCCCAAACCCAACCGGCAGCAGCUUCAUCCCCGCUAACCUCCUACCGCUGGCACACAGGAGGCGAUGGGGAGAAAGUAGCCGGAGGCUCCCGCUGGGGCCGACUUGCAGGCUGGGGCCGGGCAUUAAGCCACCAGGAGCCCAGAGUCAGCAGCCAGCCUGCCUCUCGCUCUCUCUUCCGUCGUGUCCUCUCUGCACCCCCCAAGGAGUCACGCACAAGCCGCCUGAGGCUAUCCAAGACCCUCUGGGCAAGGCAUAAGAGCCUGCCGCUGGAGCCAGGACCAGAGCCAGAGGCCCAAGGUCCCCAAUACCUACUCCCCUCCCCAGAGCCUGAGCCAGAGCCAGAGACCCCUGCCCCACAGAUCCCUGAGGCCCCCACACCUGAUGUACCCAUCUGGAACAUUGGGGCCUUCGCCCUGCUGGAUGGGAAGCUGGUGCUGCUUGGGGGUGAGGAGGAGGGUCCACGCCGGCCCCGGGCAGGGAGUGCUAGCUCUGAAGGCAGCAUCAGGGUAGCCAUGGGAAACCUCAGGGAUCCAGAUCGGACCACUGGAAAGACUGAGCCAGACACUGCUGGCCCCAACCAGGUCCACAAUGUUCGGGGAUUGCUCAAGCGGCUGAAAGAGAAGAAAAAGGCCAGGUCAGAGCUAGGAGCCAGUGCCUCCCGGGAUGGACCCCCCAGUGCUCUGGGAUCUCGGGAGUCGCUGGCCACACUCUCCGAGCUGGACCUGGGUGCUGAGCGGGAUGUGAGGGUCUGGCCACUGCACCCCAGCCUCCUGGAGGAGCCCCACUGCUUCCAGGUAACGUGGACCGGCGGGAGCCGCUGCUUCUCUUGCCGUUCCGCGGCUGAGAGAGACCGCUGGAUCGAGGACCUUCGCCGCCACUUCCAGCCCAGCCAGGACAACUUGGAACGGGAAGAGACGUGGUUGAGCGUGUGGGUGCACGAGGCAAAGGGACUGCCCCGAGCGGCGGCGGGGACAGCAGGCGUGCGCGCCGAGCUGUGGCUGGACGGCGCUCUACUAGCGCGCACAGCGCCGCGGGCUGGCCCGGGCCAGCUCUUCUGGGCCGAGCGCUUCCACUUCGAAGCGCUGCCGCCGGCGCGUCGCCUGUCGUUGCGGCUGCGCGGAGCUGGCCCGGGGGGAGCGACGCUGGGCCGCGUGGCACUGGCACUAGAAGAGCUGGGAGUCCCCCGCGCGCCCGCCGCGGGUCUGGAGCGCUGGUUCCCGCUGCUCGGGGCGCCAGCAGGCGCCGCGCUGCGGGCGCGGAUCCGGGCGCGGCGCUUGCGGGUGCUGCCGUCCGAGCGAUACAAGGAGUUGGCGGAGUUCCUCACUUUCCACUACGCGCGCCUCUGCGGGGCGCUGGAGCCCGCGCUGUCUGCCCAGGCCAAGGAGGAGCUGGCGGCUGCCAUGGUGCGAGUGCUGCAGGCCACCGGCCGGGCGCAGGCACUGGUGACAGACCUGGGCACCGCAGAGCUGGCACGCAGUGGAGGCCGUGAGGCGCUGCUGUUCCGGGAAAACACAUUGGCCACGAAGGCCAUUGAUGAGUACAUGAAGCUGGUGGCACAGGAUUACCUCCAAGCCACUCUGGGGCAGGUAGUGCAGCGUCUCUGUGCCUCCAGUGAGGACUGUGAGGUGGACCCCAGCAAGUGCCCGGCUCCAGAGCUGCCACAGCACCAGACCAGACUGCGGAACAGUUGUGAGGAAGUCUUCCAAAACAUCAUCCACUCCUACAAGUAA